GGCUCCAGUUGGCUUCCCCGGGGGCCAAGGAAGCAGGAAUGGGUGCCAGGGAAACCCCGGCAAAAAGGAGAAACAGACAGCGCACACACACACACACACACACACACGGUCACACAGGCGGGACACAACCGACCCGACAGAGACAAGACACGCACAGACCAGAAGUGGAACAGAGUGGGGGAGUAAGCGGAAGAGUCGCCGAGCCCAUGGCUUUCAGAGCGACCCCAGGCCGGACGCCGCCGGGACCCGCCCCCGGGAUGUCCUCGGCCAGCUGCCCCAGCCCACAGGCCCCAAUGCCCGGGCCCGGAGCUAUCGAGGAGGACGAGGAGGAGGAGGACGAGGAGGAGGAGCCGCCCGCCGAGAUCCAUCUGUGCGUGCUGUGGAGUUCGGGGUAUCUGGGCAUCGCUUACUACGACACGAGCGACUCCACUAUCCACUUCAUGCCCGAUGCCCCAGACAACGAGAGCCUGAAGCUUCUCCAGAGAGUUCUGGAUGAAGUCAACCCCCAGUCUGUCGUUACAAGCGCCAAACAGGAUGAGGCCAUGACCCGGUUCCUGGGGAAACUUGCCUCCCAGGAGCACAGAGAGCCACAGAGACCUGAGGUUGUACUUCUGCCGAGCGUGGAUUUCGGUCCAGAGACAAGCAAGCAGCGUCUCCUUUCUGGAAACUACUCGUUCAUCCCAGAGUCCAUGACUGCCACUGAGAAAGUCCUUUUCCUCUCCUCCAUCAUUCCCUUUGACUGUGUCCUCACGGUCCGGGCACUUGGAGGACUGCUCAAGUUCCUGAGUCGAAGAAGGGUCGGGGUGGAACUGGAAGACUAUGGUGUCAGCGUCCCCAUCCUGGGAUUUAAGAAAUUUGUGUUGACCCACCUGGUGAGCAUAGAUCAAGACACUUACAGCGUUCUGCAGAUCUUCAAGAGCGAGGCGCAUCCCUCAGUCUACAAAGUAGCCAGCGGGCUAAAGGAGGGGCUCAGCCUCUUUGGGAUCCUCAACAGAUGCCGCUGUAGGUGGGGACAGAAGCUGCUCAGGCUAUGGUUUACACGUCCAACUCAGGAGCUAAAGGAACUCAAUUCUCGUCUGGAUGUCAUUCAGUUUUUUCUGAUGCCUCAGAAUCUGGACACAGCCCAGAUGACGCACCGUCUCCUGAGCCACAUCAAGAAUGUGCCUCUGAUCCUGAAGCGCAUGGAGCUGUCCCACACCAAGGUCAGUGACUGGCAAGUCCUCUACAAGACUGUGUAUAGUGCCCUGGGCCUGAGGGACAUCUGCCGCUCCCUGCCACAGUCCAUCCAGCUUUUUCACGACAUCGCCCAAGAGUUCUCUGACGACCUGCACCACAUUGCCAGCCUUAUUGGGAAAGUGGUGGACUUUGAGGAAAGUCUUGCUGAAAAUCGCUUCACAGUCCUCCCCAACAUAGAUCCGGAAAUAGAUGCGAAAAAGCGACGGCUGACGGGGCUCCCAAGCUUCCUCACUGAAGUUGCCCAGAAGGAGCUGGAGAAUCUGGACACUCGAAUCCCUUCCUGUAGUGUCAUCUAUAUCCCUCUGAUCGGCUUCCUUCUUUCCAUUCCCCGCUUGCCCUUCAUGGUGGAGGCCAGUGACUUUGAGAUUGAGGGCCUGGACUUCAUGUUUCUCUCAGAGGACAAGCUGCACUAUCGCAGCACGCGAACCAAGGAGCUGGAUGCCCUGCUGGGGGACCUGCACUGCGAGAUCCGCGACCAGGAGACCCUGCUGAUGUACCAGCUGCAGUGCCAGGUGCUGGCGCGGGCUUCUGCCCUCACUCGGGUGUUGGACCUGGCCUCCCGCCUCGAUGUCCUGCUGGCUCUUGCCAGUGCUGCCCGGGACUAUGGCUACUCAAGGCCGCGUUACUCUCCCCGAACCCAUGGAGUACGGAUCAAGAAUGGCAGGCAUCCUCUGAUGGAACUGUGUGCGCGAACCUUCGUGCCCAACUCCACAGACUGUGGCGGGGACCAAGGGAGGGUCAAAGUCAUCACUGGACCCAACUCCUCAGGGAAGAGCAUAUACCUCAAACAGGUAGGCCUGAUCACGUUCAUGGCCCUGGUGGGCAGCUUUGUGCCCGCAGAGGACGCUGAAAUUGGGGUAAUCGACGCCAUCUUCACCCGAAUUCAUAGCUGCGAAUCCAUCUCCCUCGGACUCUCCACCUUCAUGAUUGACCUCAACCAGGUGGCCAAGGCGGUGAACAACGCCACUGAGCAGUCGCUGGUCCUCAUGGAUGAGUUUGGGAAGGGAACCAACACGGUGGACGGGCUGGCACUCCUGGCUGCUGUGCUUCGACACUGGCUGGCCCUGGGGCCCCGCUGCCCCCACGUCUUUGUGGCCACCAAUUUCCUGAGCCUCGUUCAGCUGCAGCUGCUGCCACAAGGGCCUCUGGUGCAGUAUCUGACCAUGGAGACCUGUGAGGACGGCGACGACCUCGUCUUCUUCUACCAGCUCUGCCAAGGUGUUGCCAGUGCCAGCCAUGCCUCCUAUACGGCCGCCCAGGCGGGCCUUCCUGAGCAGCUCAUUGCUCGCGGCAAAGAGGUCUCAGACUUGAUCCGCAGCGGGAAACCCAUCAAACCCGUGAAUGAGCUCGUGAGGAGGAACCAGGUGGAAAACUCUCGGGGCAGCGGUUCCUGUGCAGACCCAGAAGGGGCUCGGUUCUUUCUCCCUGCAGUUGCCAGGCACUGGUGGGUAAGUUCCUGAAGCUGGACUUGGAAGACCCCACCCUGGAUCUGGGCGUUUUCCUGAGUCAGGAAGUGCUGCCGGCCGCCACCACCAUCCUCUGAGGGCCCUUCCUCUACCCUCUGAUCCCAACACCUGAGACCAGCACGCCGCCCCCUCUUCUGUGGCCCCAGCGUUCUUGGUCGUUUUGUAUUAGGAAUAAAAUUUAUUUUGGAUCAGAA